UUUCUCUGUUUUCUUAAACAGGAUGCUACCACAUUCCACGUAACUGUCCGAGAUGAUAAUAGCAUCGCUGUCUCUUUAGAAGCUUCAGACGUCAUGAGUCCAUCAUCUGUGUAUGUUGUGAAAAUAACUGGUGAAUCAAAAAAUUACUUCUUCGAAUUUGAGGAAUUCAACAGUACUUUGCCUCCUCCCAUUAUCUUUAAGGCCAAUUAUCAUGGCCUAUAUUAUAUAAUCACUCUGGUAGUGGUAAAUGGAAAUGUGGUUACCAAGCCAUCCAGAUCAAUCACUGUGUUAACAAAACCUCUUCCUGUAACCAGUGUUUCAAUAUAUGACUAUAAACCUUCUCCUGAAACAGGAGUCCUCUUUGAAAUUCAUUAUCCAGAAAAAUAUAACGUUUUCACAAGAGUAAACAUAAGCUAUUGGGAAGGUAAAGACUUCCGGACAAUGCUAUAUAAAGAUUUUUUUAAGGGAAAAACAGUGUUUAAUCACUGGCUGCCAGGAAUAUGCUAUAGUAAUAUCACCUUUCAGCUGGUGUCUGAGGCAACUUUUAAUAAAAGCACUCUUGUGGAGUACAGUGGUGUCAGUCAUGAACCCAAACAGCAUAGAACUGCCCCUUAUCCACCUCGGAAUAUCUCAGUUCGUAUAGUGAACUUGAACAAAAACAACUGGGAAGAAGAGAGCGGCAGUUUCCCAGAGGAAUCGUUCAUGAGGUCACAAGAUACAAUGGGAAAGGACAAAGUCUUCCAUUUUACAGAUGACACUCCUGAAAUUCCCUCUGGCAACAUUUCUUCUGGUUGGCCUGAUUUUAACAGCAGUGAUUUCGAAACAACACCCCAGCCAUAUUGGUGGGACAGUGCAUCUGCGACUCCUGAAAGCGAAGAUGAAUUUGUCACUGUGCUUCCCACAGAAUAUGAAAGCAACAGAACACUCAGUGAGACGGAGAAAUCGGCAUCCAGCUCUUUCUCUUCUUUCCCUGUACAAAUGAUAUUGAGUUGGUUACCACCAAAACCACCCACUGCCUUUGAUGGGUUCCAUAUCCUCAUAGAAAGAGAAGAAAACUUUACUGAAUAUUUGACAGUGGAUGAAGAAGCACAUGAAUUUGUUGCAGAACUGAAGGAGCCCGGGAAAUAUAAGUUAUCUGUGACAACCUUUAGUUCCUCAGGAUCUUGCGAAACUCGAAACAGUCAGUCAGCAAAAUCACUCAGUUUUUAUAUCAGUCCUUCAGGAGAAUGGAUUGAAGAACUCACAGAGAAACCCCAGCACGUGAGUGUCCACGUUCUAAGCUCAACCACUGCCUUGAUGUCCUGGACGUCUCCCCAAGAGAACUACAAUGGCACCAUAGUGUCUGUGGUGUCACUCACCUGCCAGAAACAAAAGGAGAGCCAGAGGCUGGAAAAGCAGUACUGCACUCAGGUGAACUCAAGCAAAUCUAUUAUUGAAAAUCUUGUUCCUGGUGCCCAGUACCAGGUUGUGAUGUACCUAAGAAAAGGCCCUUUGAUCGGACCACCUUCAGAUCCUGUGACAUUUGCUAUUGUUCCAACUGGAAUAAAAGAUUUGAUGCUCUAUCCCCUGGGUCCUACAGCAGUGGUUUUGAGCUGGACCAGACCUUACUUAGGAGUGUUCAGAAAAUAUGUGGUCGAAAUGUUUUAUUUCAACCCUACAACAAUGACAUCAGAAUGGACAACCUACUAUGAAAUAGCAGCAACUGUCUCCUUAACUGCCUCAGUGAGGAUAGCGAAUCUGUUGCCAGCAUGGUACUACAACUUUCGAGUUACCAUGGUAACGUGGGGAGACCCGGAACUCAGCUGCUGUGACAGCUCCACUAUAAGCUUCAUAACAGCCCCAGUUGCUCCAGAAAUCACAUCUGUGGAAUAUUUCAACAGUCUGUUGUACAUCAGUUGGAUCUACGGGGAUGACACCACAGACCUCUCCCAUUCUAGAAUGCUCCACUGGAUGGUUGUUGCAGAAGGAAAGAAGAAAAUUAAAAAGAGUGUAACACGCAAUGUCAUGACUGCAGUUCUCAGCCUGCCUCCUGGAGAUAUCUACAAUCUCUCUGUAACUGCUUGCACAGAGAGAGGAAGUAACACCUCCAUGCUCCGUCUUGUCAAGCUAGAACCAGCUCCUCCAAAGUCCCUCUUUGCAGUGAAUAAAACCCAGACCUCGGUGACUUUGCUGUGGGUGGAAGAGGGAGUAGCUGAUUCCUUCGAAGUCUUCUGCCAGCAAAUUGGCUCCAGUCAGGAAGCAAAACUCCAGGAACCAAUUUCUGUUUCCUCUCAUGUCGUGACCAUCUCCAGCCUCCUUCCUGCCACUGCCUACAACUGUAGUGUCACCAGCUUUAGCCAUGACAGCCCCAGUGUCCCUACGUUCAUAGCAAUCACGACAAUGGUUACAGAGAUGAAUCCCAACGUGGUGGUCAUCUCCGUGCUGGCCAUCCUCAGCACACUGUUAAUUGGACUGCUGCUUGUUACCCUUAUCAUUCUUAGGAGAAAGCAUCUGCAGAUGGCAAGGGAGUGUGGAGCAGGAACUUUUGUCAAUUUUGCAUCCUUGGAGCGGGAUGGGAAACUCCCGUACAACUGGCGUAGGAGUAUAUUUGCUUUCUUAACCCUGCUACCCUCAUGUCUUUGGACUGAUUAUCUUUUGGCAUUUUAUAUUAAUCCUUGGAGUAAAAAUGGCUUAAAGAAGAGGAAACUGACUAACCCAGUUCAACUGGAUGACUUUGAUGCCUACGUCAAGGACAUGGCCAAAGACUCUGACUAUAAAUUUUCUCUUCAGUUUGAGGAAUUGAAGUUGAUUGGACUGGAUAUUCCACACUUUGCUGCAGACCUUCCACUGAACCGAUGUAAAAAUCGUUACACAAACAUCCUACCAUAUGACUUUAGCCGAGUGAGAUUGAUCUCCAUGAAUGAAGAGGAAGGUGCAGACUACAUCAAUGCCAACUACAUUCCUGGGUACAAUUCACCCCAGGAGUACAUUGCCACACAGGGGCCACUGCCUGAAACCAGGAACGACUUUUGGAAGAUGGUCCUGCAACAGAAGUCCCAGAUUAUUGUCAUGCUCACUCAAUGUAAUGAGAAGAGGAGGGUGAAAUGUGAUCAUUACUGGCCAUUCACAGAAGAGCCCAUAGCUUAUGGUGACAUCACGGUGGAGAUGAUGUCGGAGGAAGAGCAGGACGACUGGGCUUGUAGACAUUUCCGGAUCAACUACGCUGACGAGAUGCAGGAUGUGAUGCAUUUUAACUACACUGCGUGGCCCGAUCACGGGGUGCCCACAGCCAAUGCUGCAGAAAGCAUCCUGCAGUUUGUACACAAGGUCCGACAGCAGGCUAUGAAGAGCAAAGGCCCCAUGACUGUGCACUGCAGCGCUGGAGUCGGUCGGACGGGAACGUUCAUCGCCCUGGACAGGCUCUUGCAGCACAUUCGGGAUCAUGAGUUUGUCGACAUCCUGGGGCUGGUGUCAGAAAUGCGGUCAUACCGGAUGUCUAUGGUACAGACCGAGGAGCAGUACAUUUUUAUCCAUCAGUGUGUGCAACUGAUGUGGAUGAAGAAGAAGCAGCAGUUCUGUAUCAGUGACGUCAUCUAUGAGAAUGUCAGCAAUUCCUAG